AUGGAAACAUCCAAUCUUCAUGCUCUCAUGGGCCGUGCCAAUGACGCCUGUGCUACGGGCAAUGAAUUUGACGGCCGUCUAGGCCUGCGUAUCUCUUCCAUUUUUGUCAUCAUGGUUGGGUCUACAUUUGGAGCUAUAUUCCCGGUCUUUGCUCGCCGUUUUGUCGGGAGUGGAGGAAUUUCCGGAUGGGCUUUCUUCUUUGCUAAAUACUUCGGUUCCGGUGUCAUCGUCGCCACUGCCUUCAUUCACCUCCUUGCUCCCGCGCACGAGGCCUUGUCCAAUCCAUGCCUGACAGGUCCCAUUACGGAGUACAGCUGGGUGGAGGGCAUCGUCUUGAUGACAAUUGUCAUGCUGUUCUUUGUCGAGCUGAUGGUCAUGCGAUAUUCAAACUUUGGCUCCGGUCAUGGCCACUCCCAUGAUGAGGAAGACCAUACCCACACACAUAUCGGCACUGCUGAACCCAUGGUCGAGGAACUUGCCCCAGUGAAGACUCACCACCUUCCUGGUGAAGAUCACUUGGGCCACUCCCGCGAACACCAUGAUUCCGAUGAAACUGAAGAGAAAGACACUGUAAAGGAGGAGGACUAUGCGGCUCAGUUGACCUCUAUCUUCAUUCUGGAGUUUGGCAUUAUCUUCCAUUCUGUCUUUAUUGGUCUCACCUUGGCAGUCUCUGGCGCGGAAUUCACGACCCUCUACAUCGUUUUGGUCUUCCACCAGACAUUUGAAGGCCUCGGUCUGGGUUCUCGCCUAGCUCUGAUUCCCUGGCCAACCUCCAAACGGCUAACACCCUACUUCUUGGGGCUGGCCUUUGGCAUCUCAACCCCAAUUGCUGUUGCGAUUGGGUUGGGGGUCCGAAAUAGCUACCCACCCUCGGGACGGACCACACUCAUUGUCAAUGGUGUCUUUGAUUCGAUCUCUGCCGGCAUCUUGAUCUACACCGCGCUCGUUGAGCUUAUGGCACAUGAAUUUAUGUUCAGCAACUCCAUGCGGAAAGCUCCCAUCCGAGAAGUGCUUACUGCAUUCAUUUUACUUUGCUUGGGGGCUGCCCUCAUGGCUUUGUUGGGAAAAUGGGCCUAA